GUUGACUAUGGAUUAGCGCGGCAAACUCAGAGUUUAAUCAGUAUCACAGCAACGUCUGUACAGUACGGAGUUAUCAAGUAGAAGAAAUCAAAGACUACUUUGAAUUGUACUGUGUGAAUUUAAAAUUAUAAAAUCAUCAUUUAAGAAGGAAAGAUAAUAUGACGACGAUGCAGCCAAUUCAAACAAAUGGAAUAAUAAAGGAUUUUGCGAUAAAUGAAAAGGAUAUAACGGACAAAAAUUUUAUGCAUUACAGCGAAACUGGUCUCGAUGGACCUGAUCAAAUUUUACCUGCUGAUAGCUUUAAGACCACAGAAUACAAUGGAUGUGUACGAAUACAAUUAAAUAAUGAUGAUGUUAAUUCAAUGCCUAUAUCAAUUCCUGGAUUAAUGUCAAAUACAGUUAAGAAAUAUUCUAAUCAUUUAGCUUUGGUAGCAAGACCUGAUGAAAAUGGUAUAAGAAAAACAUAUACAUAUAGUGAGUAUGAAAGUCAAGUGAAAACUGUAGCCAGGGCUUUUUUGAAAUUGGGUUUAGAACGGUACCAUGGAGUUUGCAUUUUAGGAUUUAAUAGUCCAGAAUGGCUUUUUGCAAAUCUUGGUGCAAUAUAUGCAGGAGGAUUUGCAGUUGGAAUAUAUACAACAAAUAAUCCAGAAGCAUGUCAACAUUGUGCUGUAAUCAGUAAAGCAAAUAUAAUAGUUGUUGAAAAUAGAAAACAAUUAGAAAAAAUAUUACAAAUAAAGCAGAAUCUUCCUCAUUUGAAAGUAAUUGUUCAAUACGAAGGCAAACCAGAACAAAAAGAUAUUUUAAGUUGGAAUGACUUAAUAAAAAUUGGUGAAGCAGAGUCUGAUGUCAAAUUAAAUGAAGUUCUAAAAACAAUUGCAGUGAACGAAUGCUGCACUUUGGUUUUCACGUCAGGUACCGUUGGAAAUCCAAAAGCUGUAAUGAUAAGUCAUGAUAAUUUUUUAUCCAAUGUUCGAAGCUUGAGUAAUAGUUUGGAAUUGAAAGAAGGUUGCGAAACUUUAGUUAGUUAUUUACCACUUUCUCAUGUUGCAGCACAGGUAGUUGAUUUAUAUUUCAUGUUAUAUAUAGCUGGCACAAUAUAUUUCGCAGACCAAAAUGCACUUAAAGGUAGUUUAAUUAAUACUCUGCUUAUGGCACGACCUACCACAUUCGUAGGUGUACCAAGAGUAUGGGAAAAGAUUUAUGAAAAAAUGCAAGCAGUUGCAGCUAACAAUGGAUUUAUUAAAACAUGGAUUGCUUCUUGGGCAAAAUCACAAGCUCUUUAUUAUAAUAUAAAUAAAAUGAAUGGCAAUGAUCACAAACAUUGGAGCUAUAUAAUUGCUAAAUAUCUUGUUUUUAAUAAAAUAAAAGCAGCACUAGGUUUGGAUAGAUGUAAAUUGUGUAUUAGUGCAGCAGCGCCAUUAAGUUCCGAAAUUAAACAAUAUUUUUUAAGUUUAGAUAUUCCUAUAUUAGAUGUAUAUGGAAUGUCUGAAUGCAGUGGUGCACAUACUCUGAAUACACCAUUAAAUUUUAAAUUAAAUAGUGUUGGUCGACCUUCAUGUGGAUUUAACACAAAAUUGUAUAAUCCAGAUAGUAAUGGUGAAGGAGAAAUUUGUUUGCAUGGAAGACACAUAUUUAUGGGAUAUUUAAAUGAACCUCAAAAGACAAAUGAAGUAUUGGAUGCAGAUGGUUGGUUACAUUCUGGCGAUAUAGGAAAAUUUGAUUCAGAUGGAUUUUUAUAUAUUACAGGAAGAAUAAAAGAAUUAAUUAUAACUGCUGGAGGAGAAAACAUACCACCAAUUUAUAUAGAACAGUUAGUAUUAGCUGAACUACCUGUAUUAAGUAAUGCUUUAUUAAUUGGAGAUAAACGAAAAUAUCUUACUAUGUUAGUUACUCUAAAGACUGAAAUUAAUGCUGAAACUGGUGCUCCAAAAGAUAAUUUUACUUUAAAUACUUUAAAAUGGUUACAAUCUAUUGGAAGUACAUCAAAAACAGUUUCAGAAGUUUUAAAAACACAUGAUCCAUUUGUAUAUGAAGAAAUUGAUAAAGCAAUUAAAAGAGCAAAUACUAAAGUAAUAAGCCAUGCACAAAAAGUACAAAAAUUCCAAAUUUUGCCGCACGAUUUUUCAAUUGUUACUGGAGAAUUGGGACCAACACUUAAAAUUAAAAGAAUAUUAUUUAUAAAAUGUAUGAAAAUUUGAUAGAAGACAUGUAUAAAUAAUAUAUAUAUAUAUAUAUAUAUAUAUAUGAAAAUUAUAAUUUAAAAAGAA